UCCUCUCCGUGUUGUGAUGAUUACUAUCCCACAUCAUCUCACGCAAAUUGGACCUGAUCAUUUGUCAUCCUCUUCCAUUCAUCCAUAGACAUAUAGACUUGCUAGAAUCUCUACUCUUUCCCUUCCAAUACUCUUUCUCUUCCAUUAGAUUCAACUCUACCCAGGUCACGUUGCGAAGAUGCCUGCAAAGAUGCCUGACACCUACCCCUCCCACGCUGAGGACAUCGAGUCUAAGGACAACGCCACGGACUCUGGCUAUGUCAGUGGUAGCUCGAGUGACGACUAUCUCCCCGAGAUUGUCUUCACGAAGCCACACCUGCAGUUUCUCAACAGACAGCUGCAGUUCCUCGAGCCUCAAGAUGUCUUGAGAUGGUGUGUUACAUCACUUCCUCACCUCUUCCAGACCACCGCGUUUGGCCUCACUGGACUCGUCACUCUUGAUAUGCUUUCCAAGCUGGAGGUCCCUCGCCCUCAGAUGGUCGACCUCAUCUUCCUGGACACUCUUCAUCACUUCUCGGAAACCCAUGCUCUGGUUGACAAGGUUCGCCAGAAGUACCCCUUGAACAACAUCCAUGUCUACAAGCCCAAGGGCCUGAACUCUGAGGAAGAGUUCGCCAAGAAGUACGGUGCCCAUCUGUGGGAACGGGAUGACCAGCUCUACGACUGGGUUGCCAAGGUAGAACCUGCCCAGCGUGCCUACCGUGAACUGAACGUCCAUGCUGUCCUUACCGGCCGACGCCGUAGCCAGGGUGGCAAGCGUGGUGACCUUGACAUCAUCGAGGUCGACGAGGCUGGCCUUAUCAAGAUCAACCCUCUGGCCAACUGGACCUUCGAUCAAGUCAAGCAGUACAUCAAAGAAAACAAUGUACCCUACAAUGAGCUGCUUGACCGUGGCUACAAGAGCAUUGGAGACUACCACUCCACCCAGCCUGUCAAGGAGAACGAAGAUGAGCGAUCCGGUCGCUGGAAGGGCCAAGCCAAGACCGAGUGUGGCAUUCACAACCCUCGCUCCAAGUAUGCUCAAUACCUCAUGGACCUUGAGCGCAAGCGGCAAGAGGAGGCCCUGUCUCAGGCCUUGCAGAAUCAAUUGACCACUGCUCAAUGAACAUGGUCUUCAGUCACCUCCGACUUGCAUUGAUAAUGGCGUUUGGGAUUGGGAGUUCUAGUAUCUAGCGACACAGCCUUGAUUUUCUUUAUUAUUACACAGGCACAGGCCUUGAACAUAUGUUAUUAUGACUUGGAAGACUAUCUGUCAUGGGUGGAUUUAAUGGUGCAAAAGAUAUCUCAUGCCAGCCCCGCUCCACAAAGGAGCUUGUACAUAGCGGGUGGCUUUUUUGUUUUUCUUUUCUUUCUACAAAAGCUGGCCUAGGGGCCGACUAUGAUAAUGAUUAGCAUGAUAGAAAUGACAAGACCCUGAUAUUGUCUUGAUUCUCGAUUCCUUUUCUCUGAUCGUUUGUGGUGUUUUUUAAGUCAUGUGGGGCCCAAGCCCUAGAAAGUUGGUUCCCGACGAACCAUUCUUAUAGUUCUGAAUUGCUUCUAGAUUUGAAACAGUCACCUAGACCCGCAAUCAAUUAUUAAUACCUAAUGUUAA